AUGCGCGAGUUCAAAGUGGUCGUGCUGGGCUCGGGCGGCGUGGGCAAGAGCGCCUUGACCGUGCAGUUCGUGUCUGGCCGGUUCAUGGAGAAGUACGACCCGACCAUAGAGGACUUCUACAGGAAGGAGAUCGAAGUCGACAGUUCGCCAUGCGUAUUAGAAAUACUGGACACUGCUGGCACCGAACAGUUUGCCAGUAUGCGCGACUUGUACAUAAAGAAUGGACAGGGUUUUGUUGUCGUGUACAGCUUGACUAACCAUCAGACCUUCCAGGACAUUAAACCCAUGAAGGAGCUCAUCACCAGGGUGAAAGGAUCAGAGCGAGUGCCCAUAUUGCUGGUUGCAAACAAAAUCGAUUUAGAACAUCAACGUGAGGUUCCAACGAUUGAGGGAAACACUUUAGCCCAGAUCUGGGGCUGUCCGUUUGUCGAGGCAAGUGCCAAGAACCGUACCAAUGUCAAUGAAGUGUUUGCAGAAAUUGUGCGAGAAAUGAAUUUCAGCAAUGACAAAGAGAAGAAGAGUUAUUGUUGCUGUACAGUUCUAUAA